AGCGCACCGGUUCACAUUUUAUCGAGAUGUCGGUUUGAAGCUGGCCGCGCGAGUACUUUUACGACACGUACAUUGUUCAGAGUAAGAACGGAUACGAUUUGAUCGGAGAGACUAGAGUUUAUACGUUGCUGGGGAUUCGUUGGAAUUUCGUCGACCUGUAUGAGAAGAGCGUAACGGACGAUGUGCGUGCCUAAAGAGAGGUGUUCAGUGUGGCAACAAGCGAGAUAGUGGAGAAGAAACUGACCGCGGUGGGCGAGAGAAAGAUAGGGAUAGUGAGAGGAAGAGGUGGGGCGGUAACAAGCAGAGAAAGAGGAAGAAAAAAGUACUUGUGCACACAGAGGGAGACGCGCGCGCGCGCGCGUGUCUAUGUACUGUAGAUGAAUAUAUACACAUAUCUGUACGUAUAUAGAAAGAGACGACGAAGAGAAGGGGUUGCGAGGGAGGUGGUGGGAGGGGAGGCGGCGAGGAAGCGAGUCAACGAGCGAGCGAGCGAACAAGGAAGCCCAGGAAAGGACAAAGACGGAACGAAAAACGUGUAAAAGAAGGGAAACGCGAAUGAAAAAAAAUACGCUGCUGGUAUUCCAUGUGCGACGUGAUGUUUCCGUAAACCGUAAAACAACCGACAUUAUUCUUUUCUUUAACGUUGAAGAAUUUCCAUCCGUUGGGAAGAGAUAAAAGUCGUUUUCAUCGAUGCAUCGACAUGAUCGGAGCAACAGCGAGCUGACUGAAGCGCGUCAAGUUCAAAUUAAUAUUCCUGCAGAAGGGUUCGUUCGGUCAGAAUAUGUGUUAUGUAUUAUUCGAGAUUAUCGAAUAAGGAAGAAGGCAGAAAGAAAGAGACGGAAGAAAAAGACCACGAAGUCGGCGGAAUAAAGACAGAAAUUCUUAGAGGGCAACAGAGGGGACUACGGACGGAAAGAGAAACAAGAAUUCGUCCCGAAGUCGAACAAGUGUGUAAGUAAGACCCGUGUAUAUGUGUCUAUACCAGUGUAUAUCGCGUCUAUGUACACAUAUACUGGACAAUAUGGAGGAAAGUCAUCUGUUGAUGACGGAACUUCCGGCGUUAACGCCGAACCGAGGUACAACGUUGCUCCACCGUUCGGGACACUAUUACCAAUUACACCAGCCGCACCUGGCGAUCCCGUCGUCCCAGAGUCAGGCUAUUCUUUACAAUUCGAGUAACGCAGCGCAUUAUACGAGUGGUGCGACAAGUUUGCCAGCGUAUACGCAAGGCCUUUCAAGACAACAGUCUCAGGCAAAUCGCGAGAUCAUCGCGACUAGCACUCACGUCUCGUGUCUCUAUCCUGAAAUUCUGGCACUGAUUUUUAGUUACCUGGAGGUUAGGGACAAAGGACGCGCGGCACAAGUGUGCGUCGCGUGGAGGGAUGCGGCGUAUCACAGGUCCGUCUGGCGAGGAGUCGAGGCGAAAUUGCAUCUGAGGAAACAGGCACCGGCGUUAUUCGCUAGUCUCGUCAAGAGGGGAGUGAAAAGGGUCCAAGUGUUGUCGCUGAGAAGAGGCUUGGGCGAUGUUUUGAAAGGCGUACCGAACUUGGAGUCCCUGAACCUUUCCGGCUGUUAUAACGUCAACGACUUGGCUCUGAUGAAAGCAUUUUCUCAAGAAUACACUACGCUGACGGAACUAAAUCUCUCUCUGUGCAAACAAGUGUCGGACAUUUCUCUCAGUUGGAUAGCAAAAUAUCUGCAGAAUCUCGAGCACCUUGAACUCGGCGGUUGCAGGAACAUUACUAACGACGGACUGUUGUGCAUAUCGUGGUAUUUAAAAAAACUGAAGAGACUCGAUUUACGAAGUUGUUGGCAAGUGUGCAACGACGGUAUCGCUUACUUGGCCGGUAUUCAUCCCCAGACACCUGGCGCUAGUUUUUUAAUGGAACAGUUGGCUGGUAUCGUGGAUUUCGACGCAGCCGGUGGGAACUUUGCGCUGGAGUAUCUUAGUCUCCAAGAUUGCCAGCGUGUCACCGACGAAGCGCUUCGUCACAUAUCUACUGGUCUAACCACUUUGAAAUCUAUCAAUCUUUCGUUUUGCGUAUGUAUAGGCGAUACGGGUGUGAAACAUUUGGCCAAAAUGCCCAGUCUGCGGGAACUAAAUCUUCGAUCCUGCGACAAUAUCUCGGACGUUGGAAUGGCCUAUCUUGCGGAAGGCGGCAGCAGAAUAUCAUCGUUGGACGUGUCGUUCUGCGACAAAAUCAGCGAUCAGGCCCUCGUUCACAUUUCCCGAGGACUUUUCAACUUAAAGUCCCUCUCGUUGUCUGCCUGCCAAAUCAGCGACGAAGGGAUCUGCAAGAUUGCCCAGACGCUGCAUGACCUGGAGACGCUCAACAUCGGUCAGUGUAGUAGGCUGACGGACAAAGGGCUCUACACGAUCGCAGAGAGCAUGAAACACCUGAAAUGCAUCGAUCUUUAUGGAUGCACCAGGAUAAGUACCAACGGACUCGAAAGAAUCAUGAAACUGCCUCAGCUGAGUACGUUGAAUCUUGGUCUUUGGCACGUGCGGUGAUGGCUUUUUCUAAGCAGUAUUCGCGUCCUCAGCGAACGAGCAGGGUGUUUCCUCUAUUCUUUACUCGACAGUGUAUCAAACUUUUUCCUAACUGUCACUUUUGACACUUUUUCAAAAUUCUCGGCCGAGGAACAUCUUUCUCGUUCCAAUUCUCUUCGCAAUGCGAUCGCAUUAACGUUCCUGUUUCGCGUACUUCUCUCGUCGCCAUCGUCGCGCGUCCAGGACGAUUCUGAGAUCUAGUAGACACUUGUACAAUUCCGACUUUGUCGUUUAUUUGCUCGAUGGUUGCAAAAUCGGAAAAAACGGACUCAGGUGUUAUUUCUAAACGCCAGAAUCCAUAGGGAAAAAUGACUGUUUUUUUUCUUCAGAAUUUCAUUUUUAAACCAUUUAACGCUCCGCUCAUCGUAUACACUUGUUACAGAGUAAUUGUAGGGUAAUGAUGAAAUGUCAUACGCAUUAAUCGUGCCACUAGUUAAAAUGUCUUCUUCGUUUUGUAGAAAUCUUUGACCGAGCGAAACUCGUUCUUCUUCAGUUUUCAUGUUUUCAAGCGAUUCCUAUGCGUGCAUCAAAAGUGCGUCCAGACUUGAUUUUAGUGAAAUAUCAAAGCGAUCUCUCUAAAACCAUGAUUCUACUAUUGAAAUUUUACUUGUAAAAUUGGGUUCUAUAAACAGGGCUACAAAUUGCGUUGCAACUGGGAAUCUGUUAUCAGGACUUGAGGUCUUGUGAUCCAAC